AUGCGCAGCGCGGAGAUUAUAGCCGCCCUGCUACAGGCGAGCGCGGUGGCAGCACCAGUCUCGGGCCCGCACCGGCGCCAGCCCAACGUCGUGUUCAUCCUCACCGAUGACCAGGACGUGCACCUGGCGUCGCUGGACUACAUGCCGCUGGUGAAGAAGCAUCUGAGGAACGAGGGGACGUCGUUUAGUCGGCAUUACGCUACGACGGCGGUGUGCUGCCCGAGUCGCGUGACGCUGUGGACGGGGAGGUUCGCGCAUAAUACGAAUGUUACGGAUGUUAUUCCGCCUUAUGGCGGAUACCCCAAGUUCGUCGCAGAGGGCCUCAACGACAACUACUUCCCCGUGUGGCUCCAGGAGGCCGGGUACAGCACGUGGUAUACCGGCAAGCUGUUCAACGCGCACACGGUCGAGAACUACAACUCGCCGGCGCCGGGCGGCUUUACGGGCUCGGACUUCCUCCUGGACCCACACACCUACGAUUAUCUCAACAGCACGUUCCAGCGCAACGGCGAGUCCCCGCGCAGCUACGAGGGCCAGUACAGCACCGACGUGCUGGCAGAGAAAGCCUACGGCCUCCUCGACGAGGCCGUCGCAGCCGCGAAGCCGUUCUUCCUCGUCGCGGCACCAAUCGCACCGCACGCCAACGUCGUGAUGACGGGCAAAAAGGGGAAGAAGAACGCGGGCGGCCACGACUUCGGCGCGAUCCUGUUUACGGAGCCAGUCCCCGCGGAGCGGCACAGGGGCUUGUUUAAGGGGGAGACGGUGCCGCGGACGGGGAACUUCAACCCGGAGCAGGCGUCGGGCGCGAACUGGAUCCACGCCCUCCCGCAGCAGAACGCGACCAACGUCGCGUAUAACGACCACUUCUACAGACAGCGCCUGCGCGCCCUGCAGGCCGUCGACGAGCUCGUCGCGGGGCUCGUCCAGCGGUUGGCGGACCAUGGGAUCCUGGAGGAUACGUACGUGGUCUACAGCAGCGACAACGGGUUCCACAUCGGGCAGCACCGGCUGCAGCCGGGGAAGAGCUGCGGGUACGAGGAGGACGUCAACGUCCCGCUGAUUGUGAGGGGGCCCGGGGUGGAGAAGAAUCGGACGGUCGACGGCUUGGUCACGGUGCAUGCGGAUCUGGCGCCGACGUUCUUCGAGUGGCUUGGUAUCGAGGCGAGAGGGGACUUUGAUGGCGCGGCGAUACCGGUUACGAGGGAGAGGGUUGAGAGGGAGGAAGGGAAGGGGGAGAGGAGGGAGCAUGCGGGGAUCGAGUAUUGGGGGCUUGCGUUUGGGGAGGGGAUUUAUGAGAGAAACCCCCGUGGCAAUAACACGUACAAAGCCCUCCGCGUCUCAGGGCCGGGGUAUAACUUGUACUACUCGGUCUGGUGCAACAACGAGCACGAGUUGUAUGAUAUGAACGUCGACCCCGGCCAACUCCACAACCUCCUCUCGCCCCCCUCCCCCCUCACCAGCACCUCCCUCCUCGCCGCAGGCCACCCCGUCGACAAAGUAGCUUCGCGCCUCGACGCGCUCCUCCUCGUCCUCAAAACCUGCAAGGGCGAGCCGUGUCGCCGCCCCUGGGCGCAGCUGCACCCGGCUGGCGACGUGAAGACGCUUGCGGAUGCGUUGGAUGAGCGGUUUGAUGGGUUUUACGAAGCAGAUGGUGGUAGUGGGAGGGUGAGGGUGGAGUAUGCGUUUUGCGCUGAUGGGUUCUUGAAGGAUGCGGAGGGCCCGACGUGGGAGGAGGAUGGGAGGGGGUAUGAGUAUUUGAGAGAAGGGGGUGGGAGGUGGGAGGAUUGGGUGUGA